AUGGCUCUUUUAAAAGUGGACUUGGGAAUCACCCCAGAGACAACUUAUUCUUUGGCAGGGAAGCAGAUCAAGUUUGACUCGGCGGAUAGCGUCUCUGGUUAUAUUCUGGACCUUGUAUCUCAAAAAAAUGUUCAGAAAAUUGAUCUUUCAGGAAACACCAUAGGCAUCGAAGCGUCUGAAGCAUUGAGUAAAGCCAUAAUAGCUCACAAAGACACUCUUUUGGAAGUGGAUUUGUCCGAUAUUUAUACAGGGAGACUCAACACCGAAAUUCCUCAGUCCUUGCAAUACAUUUUGCCAGCACUUUUGCAAUGCUCUAAAUUGCUGUUGGUAAACUUGUGUGAUAAUGCAUUUGGUCUUCAAACCAUAGAUCCUAUUGAGGACUACCUUGCAAAGGCGGUAACCAUAGAACACUUGAUACUUUCCAAUAAUGGAAUGGGUCCAUUUGCUGGAGCAAGAAUUGGUACCUGUUUGUUCAAGUUGGCCAAGGCGAAGCAGGCUGCUGGUAAACCAUCAUUGAAGUCAUUUAUAUGCGGUAGAAACCGGUUAGAGGAUGGUUCGACCAACCAUUUGUCAAUUGGGUUGAGAAAUCACAAGGAUUUGCAGGUGGUCCGGUUGUACCAAAAUGGUAUCAGACCCAAGGGAAUUGCCCGUUUACUUCGCGAUGGGUUAUCACGCAACAAGGAGUUGCAAAUCUUAGACUUGCAAGAUAACACGUUCACAGCAAAGCCAUCGGCUGUGUUAGCGGAAACUUUGGACCAGUGGCCCAAAUUGAAAGAGUUGAAUUUGAACGACUGUUUGUUGAAAGCCAGUGGUUCUCUUCUGCUCGCAGAAGCACUUUCCAAGAGUGAGUCAAAAACUCAGCUUGAAACCUUGCGCUUGCAAUACAACGAGUUAGAGGAGGAUGCAUUGAAAGUUUUGGCCGAAGCGGUCACUGCCAAGCUUCCCAACCUUAAGGUUCUCGAGCUUAAUGGUAACCGAUUCGAAGAGGACUCUCCAUCGCUCGAGAAGAUCAAUGGCGUGUUUGAGGAUAGAGGACACGGAGAAGUAGACGAACUAGACGAUCUCGAGGAGAUAGAUAGUGAAGAAGAGGACGAUGACGAAGAGUCGGUUGAUGAAGCCGAAGAAGAACAAGAAGAAGUCGACUUGGACCAAUUAGAAAAGGAAUUGGCAGGCAUAACCGUGGAAGACAAAGACAAGUCAGUGGACUCGCUUGCCGACAAGCUCUCCGGUGCUCAUAUUAAUUAG